AUGAAUGCUGAAGACAAGGUAACCUAUCUCCCACUUUAUCUACUGUAUAGCAAGUAUUGGCUAGAGGUUGCUGCUCAUUGGGCUGUGGCUGACACAGUUCUACAAUAAACAGAUAAGAAUUGCAAAUUACAUAUGAACAGCCAUCACUAUCCUUGACAUCUUCUGUUUGUUGUUUGGUUUAACAAUUUGGUUUUACUUCAGUCUUGAUAAAGAACUGGACCUGAAGAAUAGUUACCUUCACUAACAUUCAGUCAUUUUGUUCUCUGCAUCUGUACAGAGACAAGUCACUUGUGAAGCUAUUGUCGAAGGAACUUCCAGACCCAGCAAUGGGUAGAAACAAAACCCCAUCAGUUUAACUCAUUGUAUUUUAUCAGCAUUAAAAAUGGCUACUCCUUUGACUUUGAAAUUAGCUGGCCAAAAAAUGUUAUUCCUAACUUAAGUUUUCUUCAUAUAAUUCUCAUGUUCACUAGUUAAAUGAGUCUCCUGGUAUAAGCCACUGUGAGAAGAGAAUGCUGGUUUAGAUAGGCGCUUGAUUUUAUCCACAGGCCUGCUGUUACGUUCUUCAGCUAUUUUUUUCUCUUGUUUACACUUUUUGCUUUGUUAGCAAAUAUAAAAUAGACAACAAAACUUAAUUAUGUUUUGACACCAUCCAAUUUUGUCCCCAACAUUCUGUCAUGUAGAAAUGCAUGAUGUUGUAUAUCAAAACACAGGUAAAUUGUACACAUUAUGCGGGGUAAGGGUUUGGCUGCAGCCUUCUUUUACUGCAGCAUGUAUUUCUGCCCUAAAGCAAAACAAUCAAGACUGACUGAAAUACAUAGGAAGUCUGAUAAAAUCCCCUAGGAACUAAACAGGUGAAAGUUUUGACACAGUGGUUUUCAACUAGUGGUAUACUGCAGCCUGAUCGAAGAUGGGUCACAACUACCACCAUAAAAAUACACGGCAAAAUGUAAAGGAAUGUGUCCUUUACAUGUUUGGGCUAAAGGUGGGUCCCAGGUCUGAAAACAUUGCAGACUACUGUUUUGACAACAGGCACUUGAUUGAUUUCAACAUGACAUUCAUUGGUUUAUUGAUUAAAAACAGCUUUCUUUUCAUAUUGCUUUUAUGCCUGGCAUUGCUGAUCUUGAGUCACACAGUUUCAUUUCUUUUUGGCUCAGGAAAAUUGGUCUUUUGAACCACAUGAAAGCACAUUGAAAACUCCUCUGAAACAGGCAGCGACCUCCAACUGGCUUUUGGCAGAGAAGCCGCCUCCUGCUUCUGGCCAUCUGACAACGCCACCCAAGCCUAAUGAAAUCUCUCCUGGAGACCCAUGGACACCGACGGCUAACCUGAAAAUGCUAAUCAGUGCAGCUAGUCCUGAGAUUAGAAAUCGAGAACAGGAAAAAAGAUUGUCAGACAGCAGAAAUGAAAUCCCUGAGGUAAAACAUUUGUCUUCUUAUCGCUAUAAAUAUUAUUGAGCGCUGUACUCAAAGCUUAAGUAUGCACUUGAAAAGUAGCUCAGCUUUGGUUUGUUUCAGUAUUUUGUGCUAGACCUCAAAUCUGGAGUGUUAGUUAUUUUUAGAGAUUAUAGUGUGUGCAUAGCAGACGCUUCAGGGUAACUCUAUUAUUUUGAGGCUCACCAGCUGUCACCAAGAAGGCACUUGGCAUUGCGCAUUGGCCAGAAAUGCUGUUACUAAAUCUGUCGAAUCUUAAUAUUUUUCAUGUAAGGCGUUACCAAUUGGUGUUUCUGCAUUGUUUUCUUUCUGCAGGACCAUUUGUCAGGAGACGAAUAUGAAAAAUCUCAACCCAGCCGUAAAGAGAAAAGUCUAGGGUUGCUUUGUCACAAAUUUUUAGCUCGCUAUCCUAGUUAUCCCGACAUCUCUAAGAACAAUGAAAUUUGCCUUGAUGAAGUAGCAGAAGAGCUUAGUAAGUUUGGGACUAAGAUCCGGUGUUUAUUACUGGAAAGAGCAAAACUCACUUCACGCUGUUCAAAAUGAUAAGCGAUUGAUUAGAGUCUUGGUAAUUCUUAUAAACAACUUUAUAAUGUGGUUCAGUAUCCUUAAUAAUAGCUGUCAACAUUUCCCUUUUUUAAGGGAAAUUCCCUUAUUCCGAAUAGGAUUCCUUGCAAGAAAAGGGAAAAGUUGACAGCUAUUAUCCUUAUACUCCCACAGUAGCUGAUACUAAUAGGUUAUUACAUUAAUAACUACAGUUUUUAUUUAUUUACUAAAUUUAUAUACCGUCCUUCAUCCAAAGAUCAAAGGGCAGAUUUUAUACUGUAUUUUGACAAGACACAUAACAUGAUACCCUCCCCACCCACCCCAAAUACCCCCAUCACAUUUUAAAAGCCACAGAUUGUUUAAGCAGCCCAAGGCCUGGGAGAAGGAAAAUGUUUUUGCCUGGCACCUAAAGAUAUAUAACGAAGGUGCCAGGCGAGCCUCCCUGGGGAAAGCAUUCCACAACUGGGGAGCCACUGCUUCCCUCUGGACCUCUCAUGGAGAGGGCAUACGGAGAAGGGCCUCAGAUGAUAAGUGCAAGGUCUGGGUUGGUUCAUAUGGAGAAAGGCGGCCCUUGAGGUAUUGCGGUCCUGAGCCAUUCAAGGCUUUAUAGGUCAAAACCAACAAUUGGGCCUGGAAAGUUACAGAUCAAAACCAACACUUUGAAUUGGGCCUGGAACGUAAUUGGCAGUCAGUCCAGGGCUGGUGUUACAUGCUCAAACCAUCUUGCCCCAGUGAGCAACCUGGCCAUUGAAUUCUGCACCUACUGAAGUUUCCAAACAGUCUUCAGAGGCAGCCCCAUAUAUUGCAGUAAUCUAACAUAGAGGUUACAAGGGCAUAGAAAACAGAAAUUAGGCUAUCCCUGCCCAGAUAUGGAGGCAGCUGGGCUGCCAGCUGAAGGUCAUCAUACAGGUCCUUACAGCAACCUUACAGCUCCUUACAGCAACCAGGAAUUUGGAACGGGGCAUGUUAUAGCGAGGCAGACUAUGUGGAAAGAGCACAGUCUCCAGUUUUCCAGUCCUCCGGUUUUCAUGGGGAAGGAAGAUCUAAUCAUGAGGUUCUACCCACCUUCCAGAAUGUGACAGGAUUAAAAAGCAGGUGGAAAAUAAUUUUUUAAAAAUUGCCCUUCUUACAGAUGUUGAACGCAGGCGCAUCUAUGACAUAAUGAAUGUACUGGAAAGUCUUCACAUGGUGAGCCGACUUGCCAAAAACAGGUAUUCUUGGCAUGGGCGUCAUAAUCUUAAGAAAACACUACAGAUUUUGAAAAAAGUGGCUGAGGAGAACAACUAUAGUCAGCAAGUUGAGCUGAUUAAAAGAAGACAAUAUGAAGAAGAGCCUGAAGGGGAUGACCAGAAGAUUCAGUUGAUGGCAAAGCAUGUUAGGCCAAAUGACCAUACAGACAUCUGCUUUGUGGAACUUCCUGGGAUGGAGUUUCGAGCAGGUACACCUUUGCUUUCUAAUUUUGGCAUGCCAGUAUCUUCUAUGAUUUGAAUUUGGUUGGUUCCAAAUGCUUGCAUUUGGGGCAAUGUUUAAUUAAUUAGUUGGAUUAAUUUGUUUUUAACUCUUCUUAUGAUUGGCUUGUAUAGUAACCUGACUGGGCAGCAAAUCAUUUUUUCUUUAGAAAGACAGCAUAUAAAUCCUUUAAAUAAAUGCAUGGAAACAUUUAUUGGGGGGAGUGGGUGAACCCGAAGCCUAGGCGAGUUAGGAACAAUGAUUUCAAAGCUCUCAUGACUUGGAUUAUAUUCUGCCAUGGUUAUCUCUCCGUACAGCUUCAGUAAACAGUCGUAAAGACAAGUCUUUACGGGUGAUGAGUCAGAAAUUUGUGAUGCUGUUUCUUGUUUCAACCCCCCAAGUUGUGAAUCUUGAAGUGGCUGCUAAAAUAUUGAUUGGCGAAGACCAUGUUGAGUAUUUGGAUAAAAGCAAGUUUAAAAGUAAGUGGCAGAAAUGGCUAUUUCCAUAUCUUCUCUAUACUGUGUCUUAAUUUUUACAUAUUUAAACACUUUUUCCUGUAGCCCAUCAAUACAGUGGUACCUCAGGUUACAUACGCUUCAGGUUACAGACUCCGCUAACCCAGAAAUAGUACCUCGGGUUAAGAACUUUGCUUCAGGAUGAGAACAGAAAUCGUGCUCCGGCUGUGCGGCAGCAGCAGGAGGCCCCAUUAGCUAAAGUGGUGCUUCAGGUUAAGAACAGUUUCAGGUUAAGAACAGACCUCCAGAACGAAUUAAGUACUUAACCCGAGGUACCACUGUACAAGACUAAAAAUAUGAAAAAAUUAAGAUAGCAUACUGAGAAUGUAGGUGUUUUGCAACUUAGCAUGCCCUUAGUCCAGGUGGGUUAGAUGUUAGCUCUUAAUGGCCAGGUUUGGCCCAGUGUUGGCCCAUGAAACUGAUUUAUUAGAAUAAACUCAAAUAAUGUGUCCCCAUGUUCCCUCCCCUUUGCUCAUCUUUGAAGAUCUCAUGAUUUCUUAAAUCACAGUUUCCUAUGAUGUCCAUACUGGGAGACUGUGGUUUAAGAACCAGGGUAUCUAACAAGCCAGGCACACAAAAGUAGGAUUGAAUGCACAAGCACACACCUUUUGGUUCAGUAAACUGGCUGAUUGGACCUAGAUAGUGACUCCUGAACCAGGCCAGUAUAUGAUGUUGGCCUCCUCAUAAUUCAUGGACAGGCUGUCAUUUCUUAACUGGCUAAGCAAGUCAUGAAUGAAUCCAGCCUCCUCUACCUGCUCCUAUCCUCCUGCACAGCCAGGAAGAAUUUGGGAGCCUUCACUUCCACUCGGUUAACUGCAGUUUGUUGUGUUAUACAAACUGAUAAGCGGUGCCUUAUAUCAACUAUGGUUAGUUUGAAACAGGAAUGUGUAACAUUGGCAAAUGGUCAGGGAUAAAGAGUUGUCCAACACCAGAGGGCCGCAGGUUCCUCAUCUCUUGUCUGAAACAAGCCAAUGGCCUGCAGCGGUUUAACCAUAGCUACAGUUCUGUGUUCAGAUGAGACAGCAAGCUGCAGCUAAGUUAAAGCUUGUGGAUGUGGGAAAGAUUACUCUUUUCUCAUCCAGCCUCCAUCUAACAAAGCAAGGUGUCUGUUGAGAAUGUUCUUCGGUGGGGACACAGUUCUUUGGACUCCUACCAAAUUUAAUUUUCCACAGUUUCCUAAACCCCACCCUUUUGUCAUUCACACAGAAGCUCAUUUAAAAAUAUUGAGCAUAUGGCCUGACCAAGGGACCAAAAUUUAACUAACCUAUUUGUGUACUCCUGUGGAUCCUUGGAACAUAAAUGACCCUGUUGCUUUUGUUUUGUGUGUUUAAAGCACCAUUUGGACUAAUAGGAGAAGAAGGGUGAUGUUUUCAUAGUACUGAGCCUCUGCUUAAUGGUGAUGUAGUAGUACUGCAUUUUCAUUAGUCUUUUAAACUUAUUUCAGCUAAAAUUCGAAGGCUGUAUGAUAUUGCAAAUGUUCUCAGUAGCCUUGAGCUCAUCCGGAAGGUUCACGUUACAGAAGAGAAGGGUCGCAAACCAGCAUUUAAAUGGACAGGACCAGAUGUUUUUUCAGAGAUUCUGGGUAGGUGGACUAUUACUUCUGUACUCUAGAAUUGUAGGCAAUUCCCCAUUUCCGUAGGGGUUUUGUUCCAGGUCAAAGCAUGCAUUGACAGAAUGUGUGAAAAUGUGCCCCGUUAUGCCACUAUUCCUCCCUCUUCCGGGGUCCGAAAGGACCCGCAUGUUGGUGGUUACAUGUCAGUGGUUGCAUGUCAAUUGGACUCACCUAAAAUGGUCGCCGCCUGUCACUGUAAUGGUGAAGCUUUCUUAUCCACUGCUCCUUGCUGCUAUCAACCAAAGAAGGCUUUUUGUGAAAGGCAUUUUUCACUUAUACGUAGAUGUGAUCAUUUCCCAAUAGUUCUGCCAAAACAAAGGCUUAAUAACAAUUUUGUGCACGAUUGAUUUAUAGCUGCACAGCCUGUAUCUACACCCACUGCGACUGCUUCAUCUCAUCCUGCGGAAGGGAAGUCUUCCAAAGAGCAUUGUUCCAAGAACCUCUUCCCUACGAGAAGCAAGCAAGGCUUCAUACGGCACCCAUCUUUAAUGAAAUUGGCAAAGGGUGCGCAAAGCAAUCAGAGGAAAAUUAGAUCUGCUCCAAGCAGCCCCGUCAAGAAAAAUGCAAGUACGUAGUUGAAAUGUAAACUCUAUUCAGUGUCAUUCCGGAGAUGCUAUUGAAAUGUUGAAUGGUUCUGCUUAAUGCCUUAGCGCAGAAAAACAAACAAACCCCAGUAUAUCUUGCAAUCUCUUGAGUUGUCUGCUCCUGAGCAGCCUUACUAAGUUUGGCUAGACUUAUACAAAGUGGAAGGUAUGUGCUAUACAGUGGUACCUCAGGUUACAUACGCUUCAGGUUACAGACUCCGCUAACCCAGAAAUAGUGCUUCAGGUUAAGAACUUUGCUUCAGGGUGAGAACAGAAAUCGUGCUCUGGCGGCGCGGCGGCAGCAGGAGGCCCCAUUAGCUAAAGUGGUGCUUCAGGUUAAGUACAGUUUCAGGUUAAGAACGGACUCCAGAACGAAUUAAGUACUUAACCCGAGGUACCACUGUACUCAGGUUGGAAAGGCUAAUGGGUAAUGGUGUUAGGUGCAGUCACAGGUUCCAUUUUGAAGGUUUGAAGUGUAGUAGGCUCCAUCCAUGGCAUUUCCAGCUGAUGAUUUUGAGUAGCAAGGCGCUGAAAAACCUUGAGCCCUUGGAGAUGCUGUGUUGGAUCAAAAUGCUCUUAAUAUGACAGCUUCAUGUAAUCCUAUGGACUUGUCCCACUGUGGCAGUGGCUGUGUUGGUGGCCAAAUCCAGGCCACAAGACUAACCAUAUACAACACCUUAGGAGCAGUACCAUAAGGUGUUGUCCUUCCAGUGACGGACUCUGGAAGGCCAUGAAUUGCUCAUCCUCAAGCUGUGCAAACAGUACGGUUUUAGUGAAAUCUCUUUAUUUAUCUUUUCUCCCAAAGGUCAAAUUCCACCAAGCUUUCCAAGCAAGAUGGCUCAACUUGCAACAAUAUGCAAACAGCAGCUGGAUGAACAGUCAAGGUAUGUUCGUAAAAGAGAUGCAUACAAAGCCUGCCUACUGAAAGCAAAAUUUCCCAGCCUAGGUGAAUCCUCCAGCAGCAUAUCACACUUACUAACACAACUCCUCAACAACAGGACUAAAAUUAACAUAUUUGGUGUAAGAAGAGCAUGACUUAAUGUUUGGCAGUGCUUUCUUUGCUAAAUAAGAGGAGCCAAUUCUACUGUAUUGCUUUGGCGGAGCCAUUUUGGAUGCAAGGGUUUUAAUGCUGUGGAUUUCUUUUCUUAGGGAUUUCAAGAAGAGAAAAAUGAAAUUGGAACAUUCUACUUUUCCAUCCCCUCUAGGUCUGCCACCCAAAACUCGUUUGAAGCCUAAACCAUUCUUGUUACCUUCUCAGUCUGAGAUCCUACCUCUGAUCCACAACUCGGUACCUCCAGCAAUGCUACCUCUCCAUCCCAAUGUGCCCUAUGCAUUAUAUCUGCACCCUUCCCAAACACAGCUAGUGACAGCAUACAAUCCAAGUUUCACGGUGCGGCCUGUCCACUGUGCUAAUGUGGCUGGAAGUAAGUCUACCACGGAGCCCAGUUCCCAAGUAGCCCCCGGUAAAAUAUUUAUUGAAGACAGUGGCAGCAAUGGAGAAGGAAGUGCUUCCUGUGCUAAAGGCCAGGACCUCUGGCUAGCGAAGGAGCAAGAAGGUACAAAGGAUGAUGUGGUGCAUGAGAGACAUUUUAAGAGACGUAGAAUGGAGGGCAGUCCAAUGAAAAAAUGUGCAAGUGAAGAAGCGGUGCUGCAUGAUGUGCUACUGGUAAGCUGUAUUAAAGUGCACACUCUUUCCAAAUACUAAAUGGGUGGCUGAGGCAUGAAAUGCAUGGAAUAGGGCGCUCUAAUUGGUUGCCGUGGAAAAUCAAUUCAAUAGUUAAGGGUUCCUGUGAGUCAGGUUCAUGCACAGGGUCUACCUUUAGCAGUGGCAGCUUUUUCAAAUCUCAGCUGUGCCACAGGUAGCCACACUAUCAGUGGAGCUCUCCUUCUGACCACCUGACCUCCACUCUCUUUCUACACAAAGCCUUAGGAGCAGAGAAAGAAAACAGCUUAAGAAAUACAGUAGUUUUAUUUUUUAAAACAACAACAGCUGAAAAAGUUCCUGCCAACACCCAAGGUGCCAAAUUCAUUUCCUCCUCCCCAUUCAUCCCUAUUGCAAGCCCACCUAAAGUAGGGUUGCCAUACAUCCAGACAUACCUGGAAUACUGCAGUCAGAAGCAGUGUCCAGACAUAUGGCAACUUGUGUUGGCAGUGUUGUUUUUGGCGAUUUCCCUUCAAAAUAGCUCAAAACCUUUUUUUGCACGUUUGCCAAAAAAGGCUUAACAACCUUUGGCAAAGCUAAGAAAAACCUGACAACUUUUGUGUCCGGAUUUUCACUUUUUGAACUAUGGCAACCCUAACCUUAAGGAGGAGGCCAUCUGCUCAGGCUCCCUUUUAACUUCCAGGUAGCUUUGCUUUUGUGGUAUUGGAGCGUCCAGUUACUCCCCAUAUAGAAGGACAACAGUUACCCAGCCUCAGAAGAAGCUGUCUUGUGUUUUUGGAUGAGUUACAGCUCUGGGCAGGGCUUCUUUUCAGCAGGAACUCACCAGAACUCAGUUCCAGUACCUCUCAGGUGGGUGCCAUUGCCAUUCUAAGAGAACAAGGGAGACGUUUGUGGUGAGCACCUCUUUUUCUAGAACAAGAGCACUGGCUCUGGGCCUGCCUCCUUCCAACUGGCAGGUAUAUUCAGAACUGCUGCCACACACACUAACACGAUAUAGCAUCUUUUCCUGCUGGGGGAGGGCGCAUGGAGAGGUAAUUCAUACUUCUUUCACCCUUUACAGAUAAUGGGCUAAAGUAUGCUUUGGAAAUUUGUUCCCUAGAUGCUGCAGAACAGUGGGACACAUAUUACAGAGUGCACCAAGUUUUGGAGCAAGCCUAUUAUUUUCUACCUGACAAAUCAGUAAUUGCAGAUUAUCAGUUGUUGCAAAAACUGCCCUCCUUAGCGGCUGGCUUGCUAAAUGCAGAGCUCUUGUGACCCAUAUAUUGAGCUGCUUUUUUUUAAUAAGAAGUUGAUCCAAAGGUGUGUGUCCAGGAGUCUUCAGUCAUUGAGAUGGAACAUCAGUGAGCACAAAGCAAUACACAAGUAGAUCACAUUCCUCAGUUGAAAUGAAUGCAGAAGGCAUUAAGAGUGGAGGAAAUCCUUUUUUACAACUGGGGCAUCUGCUCACAGAACCAGCUGCUGCAUUAGGGUUGUUUCCUAUUUUCGUAGCCCUGAUCAAAUGUUCUGGAAACAAUAUCAAAUGUAUUUACUGUGUGCACUUUGAUGAUAAAGCAAAGUACUGUACUAGAGUAUGCUUGUACGUCUCUCUUUUCCUUUUGCACUUUAGUCAGGUUCAUCAGCUAUUCCCUAUGCCUUUCCCCACUUCUCCUUGAGUCUCUUGGACCAAGCUAGUUCUGCCUUUUCUGCUAUUGAUUAAAUUUCAUAACUUAUUUUCACUUUCCCUCUGUUUUGUUACUUUUACUGAUUUUAAGCUUGGGAUUCUUCUGUAUUAUUGGUGCUUGGUGGCAGUAGCCAGGAUUUUUAUACUAAUUUUGUGGGUGGGGUAUUGGUGAGGUCUAGAACAGGGGGUUGCUUUGGGCAGGAUUGGCAAGUAAUGUGAGGGGGUAGAAGACUCCUUAGUAACAAAUAAGUAACAACAUGACUAAAGAAAGAUGAAAUAGACCUCUGUUAGGAAGGGUUACAUAAGGAUGACACCUUUUGGAGAGGCACAUUUCACCAGCUUUGCUAAGGUAAAGAAUAUCUUGAAUCUGACUAGUGUCGUGUGUGUGGAGACCUGGGAAUUUCAAUAGCCCCAAUCAGUUGCUUUUUAUAGUUAUGUUUUCAAGGCACCGUGUUUCUCCAUUAUUUAUUUUUUACUUUGUACUGUAUUCCUGUUUUUCUGAGUGAUGACAGCCAGUUGCUUGUUUCAAAGAAUCUGGUUUGAUAUAGAUACAAAAUUCUGGGAACUGGAUAUCUCUCGGUUGUGCUUUGAGCUGCUUUUCCAGGAGUGCAAUAGAGGGUGGGCAAACUCCAGCCUCAACUUGGGAGAAGGGAAAAAUAGGAAUUGUGUUGGAGAAUGGAGUUGACUUGCAGAAUGCGGGAGAAGGAGAACAAGAAGGGAGAAGGCACCUUUAAUAUUACUCAUUCAGAGAUAUGCUUUCUGUGUGUGUGUGUUUGCGUGCACGUGCACCUGCCUAUUCUAGAUGGGGUUUCACUCACUCUGACAGAAUAGAUUGGGGGCUGCUCCCCGAUCCAACUUUGUCACUGAAAGCUUAGGUAGCCUCGUUGGGGAGGGGUAUAUAUUACCCUGUACAGACAAUAUGCCAAUGACAGUAAUUCUUGGACCGGAAUAGUCUUGCCAUAGUGAACCAUGCCUUAGUAGCCUCAAGACUCAGUUAUUGCAAUGUGUUUUAUGUAGGGCUGCACUUGGGCCUUGUCUGGAGGCUUCACCUAUUACAGAACGCUCUGACUGUAGCAUCGUUGGGGAGAGACUAUCACCAGCACAUAACUCCAGUAGCACUAGCAGCCUGCAUGCUCUGAGGCCAGGCUCCAGAUUCUUGUUUUAACCUGCAAGGCCCUUAACAACUUGGCUCUCAAGGACCACCUGAUUCAUUAUAUCCCUGCCCAAUCACUGAGGUCUGAAGGGGAGUCACUUGUUAGUGGUCUCCCAUGGCUUGUCUCCACCAGGAGUCGCACAUUCAGCAUUGUGGGCCCAAUUGUAUGGGACUCCCUUCCAGUUGAGGUCAAACAGUGCCUGCCCUUUGGUUGAACUUCCAUCACCUACUGAAUUUUUUGUUUAUUCCAAAAGGCAUUUUAACUGAAUUCUGAUAUUAUACUUUUAACUGGUUUGUUGUUGCUGUACUGAGUUACUUGUAAACUGCUUAGAGACUAUUGUAAUUAAGCAGUAUAUAAAUUGUUGAAAUAAAUAAAUAAUAUCCAUAUGUGUGUGUGUAUCCACCUCUAAAUUAGCCUUUGGUUAUUUUGCAUUUCCCCCACCCCCCCACCCCAGGGAGCAUCUGUUGAGAGCAAAAAAUCCCGAUGUCCCAUAGCUUCGCGUCUUGACCAGGAAACCUUAACUUCAUCAGCUGUGAAACAAAGUAAAUCUGAAAAAACAGAUCAACACUUGGAGGGUCAACCUACGCAGCAGAGGCAAGGGGAAUUUUUGGAACCUGACAGCGUCACCACAGUGCAGGAGAUGCCUGCAACAUUUGCAAUCGCUACACACAAGGUAUACUUCCCCUUAAGCACAUUUGUCCUAUAUCAUUGCUCUUCUGAAAGGAGCACUGAAUGUCUUAAAGUAGGCAUUUUAUGCUCCAUCUUUACAAAAAAAGAAAGAAAAUCAGAUCACAUUCAGGACCAAUGUAAUGUCUGAUAGGUAGCUUCAGCCCAUGGACAAUUCCCCCUCUUUCCUUUUAUAUUUUAAUUAAGGACUGCUGCUGGAAUUUACUGUAUUGCAUUUCAGACAGACCCUCGCUAUUUGGACAAGGCACAUGUUUUGUGCGAUCCAUGGGCAGAAUUGUAGAAUGCAAUAAUGGACAUGUCAUACUGUCCAGCAACACUGAUAAUAUAUCAGUAAGUUGCCCAUAUUAAAAUUAUCCUUUAUAAGACUCCAGGAUGAAAAGUAAUGGUCUUUUAAAAUAUUUGAUCAUUUAAAAAAAAAAUUAAGAGAUCAGAAUGAAAAAGAAUCAUGCAUUCUGCAUGCUUGUAGAGCACAAACACAUAGUUGCAUUUUUCUUAAAAGUCGAACGUUGUAUUUAUCUCCACCCACCCCAAAUAUGUUUAAUUUUCAUCAUUAUUCAUGGAUGCCUUUUGCUUCAUAUACAUAAGGUCUUCAUUUUUAAUGUGGCGUGGAAAAAGAGGAAGAAGGAAAACAUAGAAGUGUGGCAUGAAUUGAGCAUGAGGUGGUCCAAAAUUGCAUCGGUGUGAUGGUUGUUUACGAUCUUCUCCCUCCUACAAAGUUAUUAUUAUCCAUUGCAGUAUUGGAAAAGUGCAAUAUCAAACUUGGGGUUCCAAAUAUUGGGCUACAACUCCCAUCUUAGCCAGCAAAUAGUCCAGGAUGAUGGGAAUUGUAGUCCAACCUCAUCAUUUGGAGUUCCAAUGUUGAAGAACCCCCCACCCACCCAUGGGUAACAGUUGCUUUGCGGAGAGGAGUGGUUUUCCAUCUUAGAAAUGGCAUGGCUAAGUUCUCUUACUGUUUCCCUUCAGUCCCAGUGGCUUCUUUAAUUGUUAAACAAGACAUCAAGAGAUCCAGUCAUUGUUCUGCCAUGUCAUAUCUAUUUUGGCCCUUUCUUGUUUAGGAACAGUGCAGUACCUGGGCUAAAUCUAUGAAAUUUGUGUUGAUUAUUGUUGUGAAUAUAAACAGUACAUUUCCUCUUGUUCUUUAGACUUGGUUUCCUUCAGGAUACCUUAUACCUCUUCCUCACUGUACCAAGCUUGGUAAUGAGACCAUUUUUUCUAACAAGGAGAAAGCUGAGAUGUGUGCAGCAGAACAGAAGUCCUAUAGUUCUCCUAUUGCUGGUGUGUAUUCAUUAACUGUGCCUCUAAAGUAUUCCAGACUUGUUUAUAUCUGAUGACUCCUGUCAGCUAUUGAUGAAGGACUUUAGGUGGGAAAUUUAACUACAGCUAUUGCAUGCCUGAGGCCUGUGCCUUCCUCAUUCUGUUUUUGUAAUGGUGGCUUGUUCCACAUGGUUCCACUUUCUGUGAUCUGAAGAAGAUGGAUUUAAUCAGUUCAAUACAAUAUAUAUUAACAGUUCUGAACUCACUUACAGAGGGCUUACAAAACUACAAAUAAAAGCUAACAUUUUUGUUAUCCAUUUAAUAAUUCAUUCUUAUUGUCUCCUAUAAUUCUCAUUUCCUUCAAGCACUUCUUUUUGUUUGUUUGUUUCAUAAAAUUGAUAUGCCGCUGGAUUGUUUUUGUUUAAAAAAAACACCUCAAAGCAAAUUUGAAGCGAAUAAAACAAUAAAAUCAUCAGUAACAAUCCAUAAAAACAACGCAGUAAAUCAUUCAAAACAUAAAAUCAACAAUAAAGGAAAAAACCAAUUAAAACAAACAUCCACAUUCUACACAUGUUCCAUGUUCUGAUCUUGAGGGGUGGUUGUUUUUUCAGUUAUUGAAUGUAUUUAAACCAAUGUUCUAGGUGAGUCAUUUUGUUGUUGCAGGACCUUUUCAGAGUUUCUUAUAAUGUGAUAGUUUGUGCAUUAAUAUUCUAUGCCCAGGCUUAAUUGCAUUCAUUUGAAGCCUGCUGUGACCAAGCUCCUGGUGUUUGGCUGGCCUUUGUGUUCACGCCUGCCAAACAUUGGCCUGUGUUCCUUGACGCAGAAGUAUUGUCAUUUGUGACGGUUUAUUCUUUCUUUCUCCUCCUCAUAGGUGGUAUUCCAGUGACGUCUGAAUUUACUGCCGUUAAUUUCCCUGCUUUUCAUAUAGCACCUGUGAACCUAAAGCUACCUGCAUCUUCUGUAGCUACUGUCCCCGUGGUGAAUGGCACUGCUGUGACUUCAGACCAGGCUGACUCGAUCCAAGCCCCAAGCGCUUCAGUUAUGAACUUUACACUACAACACUUGGGACUGAUUCCAGCCAAUCUACAAAUGUCUGCAAAUCAAGUACUUAGAUCUGGCCCAGUUUGUCAAGGAGCAGAACAUGUAGGCUUCAAACAGGAGAAAGCAAAACAGAAUGUUUUACCACCAUACGGUGAUGAGUUAAAUGGUAAAUCAGUUUCAGCAGCUUCUUUACAGCAGGUAAGAGAGCUUUUAAAUAAUACAGUGGUGCCCCGCAAGACGAAUGCCUCGCAAGACGGAAAAACCGCUAGACGAAAGGGUUUUCCGUUUUGAGAUUGCUAUAGGACGAAUUCCCCUAUGGGCUUGCUUCGCAAGACGAAAAUACCUUACGAGUCUUGAGAUUUUUUUUCGCUUUCCCUUUAUCUAAUCUGCUAAGCCUUUAAUAGCCUUUAAUAGCCUUUUAGCAGCUAAUCCCUAAGCCUUUAAGCCUUUAAUAGCCGCUAAACCGCUAAUAGCGCUAAUAGCGCUAAUCCGUCAAUGGGCUUGCUUCGCAAGACGAAAAAACCGCUAGACGAAGACUCUCGCGGAACGGAUUAAUUUCGUCUUGCGAGGCACCACUGUAGUCUGUUUCAAAUAUUAACACAUAUUCAUGCCGGAGUGUACAGUCGCUCAUAAGCAAUGGGGCAUUUUACAUGAUUUGGUAACAGGAGCAAGCCAGCAGGAAACCACACCCAGCAAUUUGGAGUUAACUCUUUAUUAGCAACAACAGGAUCUGAAAGAUAUGAACAGUUUUGGAUACAGAUGUUGGAAAAGUGGGUUUUCAGUAGCAAUAAAAUUUUCAGUAUAAUAGGAUGUUUUAUCUUUGCAUACCAGUGCUUGUAGAGAUUUACUUGGUUAAAACUGUUAAAAAUGCAGACUCUGCUAAAAGAGCAGUACCAUUGUAUGAAAAGGCUAGAAAAUUACAGAAGGGAUGCCUAAUACAACAUUGUGAAAUUGGCUGUUAUAUUGGCAACCCUCUCCGUAUGUACAAAUAUUUACCAGUGGACCAAAAGCAUUAAUAGAGUAUGCUGAGACAGGAUAAUUAGUAAGACUUACCAACAGUGUCCUUUUCACCUGCUUCUUGUUUCCUUCUCUGUUGUUCCUGUUUCUUCUGCUUAGUUACAGUAUUGAAAAACCCCAAACAGGGUUCCAAAAUACAUUUUAGUUGUUUCAGUCUCAUCACGUGCAAAUAAUUUAGUUUUCUCUUCCAUUCAGGCCACUGUUCCUGUUACGUCCAGCAUUCUGGAUAAUUGCCAUGACUUCCAAGCAUCAUGCGAGUCAGCUGUAGUUCCUGAGUUUUGUUCAUCCUUUCAUGAAUCAGAUAGAAUAUCUCAAGCAACACUAGCAAUUCCACAAAGAGAACAUGGUGUUUCAACAGAAGAUAAAUUUUGAGUUGGUAUAAAAUAUUGUUGAACUCUUCCCCCAAACAGAUAUGAUUGAAACACUUAUUUCUGGUAUUAUAAAUGUGUACUCUGGAAAUAAUAUUUGAUCACAAUGAUGACUUCUUCAUGCUUGAAUAUCUUUUUAGUUACAGUUCUACUUGAUCAUAUAUAUAUAUAUAUAUAUAAAGUAAGGACACACACCAUUGUCUGUAAAAACACCACUUAAAUGUCUGACUUCAUAGUUGUGUGGAAUAAGAAAGCUCUUGUUCGUUAUUUGUAUAGAAACAUAUUAAAUAUGUACUGGCACAUUGCAAGUACCAAACAUGUAAUAUAUUGUAUUUUUAAAAAAACUAUUAAGGUGGCUCUUGUUACUUAAGUUUACAUAACAUUUUAAUUUUGUGUGUUCUUUAAUACUGUUGCAAAGUUUUAAAAUCUUAAUCACGUCUGUGUAAAUUUUAAGGUUUAUUUAAGGGAUUAAUCAAUUUCUUCAAAUUAAAUUUUGUGUCAGUUUUCUAACUUUUAUACUUGUGGGUUGUUUCUUGGCAUUGAAACAAAAUGAACAUGCGCAGAAAGAGCGUGCAGAAGAACGUGCCAUAUGUAUAUCAGGAAAAGUAUGGAUAAGGAUAAAAUGCUGCAUAAUGCCUUAAAAUGGACUGGAGUGUGUGAGGAUUAGACCAAAGGGUCCAUUUCUCCAAGCUCUCCAACUGAGGUGGACUCCCACCAGAUGCUGUCAAUGGAGUGACAAAAGUGUCGCCAACCAAUCCUUUUACCUGCUAAACAUGGUUGUAUCCAUUCUUACAGGGGUCAGCAGAAAACCCCAAAAUGGUGUUCGGAGGGUAGGACUGAGCCAGGCCAGGACCCACAGGAUCUCAAACUGCCCUCAGUUUUCAUAUGAUGGCAUUGGGUCCAAUUACUGCCCUAGCCUGGAGUUGUCACAGUGAUGAAGCCCGAUCGUUCAUCCCCUACUUUCUGUCAUGGCUGUAGAUGCAGCAAAGCCUGUGUGUGUGUGUGUGUGUGUGUGUGUGUGUGUGUAAAAGGUUAAGAUUGUGCCCCUAAAUCUGACUAAACCCUUGCCAAGGUUCAAAACCAUGUGGAUGUCAUUUGGAAAUGGCUGCAAAGACUUGCUGCCACCUGUCUGUUUGGGUUGUAGCCAGAACAACUUGGUUUUUACUAGCUUCUCGAGCACAUAGCUCAUGCCCUUUCCCCCCAUCUGUUGAAUGUUGUCCUAAUAUAUAAAUUGAGUAAUAGAUUGCAUCCAAUAAAAGCAAAUGGAAUCUAUGGCACAGAUGCGAGAGACUGAAAUCUCUUCACCCCAGCAGCUGAGAUUUUUCUGUAUAGAAAGGUGUCAUGUUUGAAAUCACUUUGACCUAAGUACUUUUUAGUAUAAUUUUAUACAUACUAUUAAUAGUGUGAGCAUCUUACACCCCAAUCCUAAAGUUAGUUAUCUAGAAAAAGAAGCUGUAUUGCUAUUUGUAAAUAAGUUUGUUUAGGAUCAUUGCGUCAGAGUUGAUAUAAAGCACUACAAAAAUAUGAAUGGAAGUACUACAACUGGCCUUGUAUCAAAUCACAUUUAUUAUCAUUUUUCAGUAUUUAUAACAUUAAACCAGGGGAAAAAACAAACUAGGUUUUGAAAAUAAUUAAUAUCUGAACAAAAUAGUGAGUCAAGGUGACAAAGGCCUGGGGCAAAAUCAUAAUCUUCCUGUACUUUAUCACCCUGAACACUCAGUGUUCAAUAAAAGAUUGGCUUAUCAGUUUAUAUUUUUGCAGUUUCUGCCGCUGAUAGUUGAAAAACCUCACCAUUCUUUCAGAAUGAAAGAGUGAUCUAAGGCUAAAAGCGAUCUCAAGCCUACUCUGAUUUGUACUUAGUUCUAAGGUCCUGGUACCUUAAGGGUAGGUAAGAAAUUGAAUUAAUGAUGAUGAGGCAAUAAUUAUGCCAACCAAAUUAGCUUAUUGCCUUCUAUCCUACAGAACAUUAGUCUGUCAAAUAUUUUGUCUACAGACUCUCCAUUGUUUUAUUCAUUUGAAAACUGCAUUUUUAUCUUGCCCUCUACUCACUUCUUAACUCCUGCAGGUUCUCGUUUGAUACAUUUUUAUAUGAAGGAAUGACUUAGAAGAAUGAACUACUGUACACCAAUUUAUGUUUUGUAUAGGAAAAAAAUACAGUACUCUUCUGUUUUCUAUUGAGCCACUGCAAUAUCAAGGCUUCCUGGCUCUGCUUCUGAAAUAAUAACAACUUCUCUAAAACUUGCUCUUUUGUUUCUUCUUUUUAAUUUCUCGGAGGUUCUCUGGUUCACGUUUACAACAUGACAACCUUUCUGUUAUUUCUUUCCUAUUUCCUAUCUCUUAAUACCAUCGGUGAUCUGCUUAUCAGACUUGCUGUGCUUUUCCGCCAGCCUGACUUAAAAUAUAGUAUGACCUGAUUGCCUCAUUCACUUGCCUGCCUUGGGAAGUUCUCUUUGAUCUUGGGUCUGACUUCAUGUUCUUGAUGUGCAGCUUUCAAACAUUUGAAAGGUGUUCGUAGACUCUGCACAUAUUCCAUCAGUCCAAAUAACUACAUCUUGCACUUCUAGUGAUUGAAAUAAAAAUUGAAGCAGCUGCUGUGAUUCAUUUGAUGAAAAACAAACCUGCAUUUACACUUAGAUUGAAAUAAAUAGAAUCUAUGGACAAAAAGAGACACUUGUGGUUCCUUUGAAGACUAAAAAAAUUAUUAUAGCUUCCAUGUACUCGUGUCCUGAGUUAUUGCUGUAUAUACACACGUGCUAGAGCGGCAAAAUUGUAAACAAGCUUACAAGCUUAGCCCCUGGCAAUUUUGCUAUAUCUAAAGCAAGUAUAUACUGACCCUGAGGUCAGUAAAAGAAUCCUCCAUUGGUGGAAGACUUCCGGAUUGGCGCCUCCGGCAAUGGCGGAGCUCCUCCGUUCGGGAGGAACUUGCUCCGUGAAAAACAGGGUCUGACUGCCACGGCGAAGGUGGAGACCCACUGAAAUCACAAGCGGGAGAAGCUUGUGAACCUGGGAUUCGGCUGGCACCUUUUGCGCCUCCCCUACUCACGGGAAACCCUGUUUUGGGGGUCUGGAGCGACGUGGGGUGAGUGGUGCGGUGCUUUGAAUCGACUGCUUCUUUCACGGAGUGAAGCCGCAUUGCUGUUGCCGGAGAGCGCUGACUAUUUCCUGUGGACAAUUGGAUGUUAAACAACUACGCGUGAGUAAAAUGGAAAAUUGGAUUUUUAAAUACUUUAAUUUGGCAUUGAAACGGGAAGGUUGUAAACAGGAAGUCCGCCUCCCGUUUUUGUAAAUAGACUGAAGCAAAGACGUUACAAGUUAAAGCCUUUGAAAGUUUUUGGCAAAGGAUUAAAUUUCCACCGGUUUAAAAUACAAAACCCCCCUUGGAAGCAGGAGAGGAGGGGGGAAUUUUGGAUCUAGUGAGCCUGCAGGAGAGAGUGAAAAAUUAAAUUACCACUGCUCUGAACCUGGGAACGGGCUGCCAGAUGACGUUUGGAGAGAGUGCAUUUGACAGAACGGAUUUGACAGCUAGCUAAAUAAGAGUAAGAUACUGUUUCCAUUGUCCUUUUCUGCGCUUAAAAAAGAGGAAAAGUAACUGAAAAUUUAUCUUUAAUGCUUGAGUUGUGCCUGAAACAACUGAUACAAGUGGAGACUGUUUCCCUCUAGAGGGAGCUUUUGAAACUGUAACAGGAGUGUAACUGGGGGAUUCCCAGCUGCAGAUAAGGAUUCUGAGAACCAGAGAGCAACCUUGGACCAUUUAAAAAUAUUGACAGGAGAGGCCAUUGUGACUGUUUUAUGUAAGAUAAGCUGUUCGCUGGGACAACUUCACAAGAAGAUGGAUGACAUGACUUUUAAAGUUGAUAAUUUGGAACAGAAAGUGACCAAUUUGAGUCAAAAAGCGAACACCAACACAGAAAUAAUUCAGGACUUGGUACAGGAAUCCAUUUUGGCAGAACAAAUGAUGGAGGAGGAGGAGGAGAAGGAGAAUGCUGCUGUUGUUGAACAUAAAAUAAUACAAGUGAGAUCUGUGGCUUUACAGAAGCAAAUUGAGGACUAUAAGUUAAGGCCUUUUAUGAUUGAAUCUAGGAAAAGUCAGACUGAGGAAUGGAUCCCGGUUUGGAUUAAAGAAGGAAAGUUGGAAAGAGCCCUCUAUGCAGGGAUUAAUUGACUUUUGGGACAUGGACUCGGGCCUGGAGGAGAUUGAAGUUUUGGGGGCCUUUGGACUUGGAGGAAUCCUGAAAUAUGCCCUGAAAAACUUUAUGGACUGUAGCUUUAACUAUGGAAAUUCAGCUGAUUUGUUCAGAAGGAAGAAAAGGAUUGACAGGUUGGAGUUUCCCCGAGAUUUGCUUUUUAGCAUUAAAGAAAAUGAAGAAGACCUGCAGAAGGGACUUGGAAAAGAGUUAAGAGCCUCGGACAUAAGAUCACCAGGUUGAUGGACUUUAUGGAGCUGACGGAAAGGACUGGCAGAAUCCGAAACCUGGGAGAGGAGAUGGUGGAAGAAGACUGGAAAAUUUAAAGUUUAUAUAUAGACUUAUGGUAAAACUAAUGAGUGAUAGAAAAAUGGUGGAAUGAUUUUUUGUAUUUUUUAUUUUUUAUGGGCUUAGUAGAAAUGUUAUAAGGAGUUAAGCAUAUAUAAGUAUUUUAGUUUUAAUGGAAAAUAAGGUUAAAAAAUACGUUAUUUACAAUAUUACAGAAAAUGGAGAAAGAUGGAAAGGAUUUGCUGAAACAAUUAAUAGAAGUGGAAUACAAAAAGGGAGGUGAGAGGAGGUCGAGGAAACAAGGGAAUGAAAGAUAGAGUAUGGAAAAGAGAUGAUGUAUGUUUUUAAAUUGCUUUUGUUUUGUUUCGUUUAGGGUUAAGGCUAGGGAGUGGGGUUUGUUUAAUGUGUUUAGUUUUGAGUUUAGGGUGUGUUUUGUAUUGUCUAUAUAUUGUAUUGUUUUUUCUUUUUGCUUUUCUCUUUUGUUUUUUUCUGGUUUUUCUUUCUUGUUCUUUUUCUCUUUUUGUAAUCUAUAAAAGUAAUAAAUAUUAUUUUUUAAAAAAAGAAUCCUCCAUUGGUAAUAGGACUAAAUCUAAAUCUGCAUUUUCGGAGAAACAUCACCACAUUUCUUCAUAAUGUUUUCUCCAAAGGAGCACUUUGGUCCCCUGACUCUGAAUUCUAAUUGGCCAAAUGUCCCUUGUGACCUCCCUGCCUCUUUGUGGCAGGAAACCUACAAUGAUAUCCCUCAUAUCCACUCCAUACAUGCAUUAACUAGCAAUUAAUGUUCCUUUCUCUCCAGCACUAUCAUUAAUCUACCUCUGAACUAGAGCUAAAACUCUUCAGGAAAUGUCUUUCCUAUUACUAAGUAGUUCAGAUUCCCAAAUAGUUUAGCCUUACAGGUUUAACACUCACUUGGCCACUCUACAUCUCUCUUCAAGCCUUCUCCAACCCCUGGAUGCCUGCAGGAGCAAAACGUCUUCAUUCUGGCUCAAUCCCUUUAUGUCUGCCUCCUCUACUACAGUAUCUUCUUGUCUCUCAGCCAUGAUUGUUAUUUUCUUUGAAUUAGUCUGGACUCUUGUAAGCACAAGCCACUGUUAUACUUUAUUCUUCUUGUAAUGUUGAACUAGAGUUAAAGGAUUGUGAAGGUUUCAUUCCACUUCUAAGCUUCUUCACAGUCCUCUCCUGGUUCCUUACUUUUGCAAUGCCUAACUGCCCACCAACAUCUUCCAGGGUUCCAGGUCUCUGAAACUGUUUCAUUCCCUUUUUCUCUCUUGAAGUUUCAGGCCUUCACGUUUCUGACUUCACAGCCAUCUGACUAAUUGAUCUAUUGUUAAACAUGACCUAUAUACAGUUGUUGUUUUUACUAAUCCACCCCCCUUUUACCCAAACAGGAGGAAAGGAAAAUCUGGGUUAAUUUUCUAUUUUCCCUUAAUUUCCAGAUGCCUAGAAUGAAACUUUGACCCUCCCUGUGCAAAAUGUUGUAAGCAAACCAUCACCUCUUAGAUUUCUUACUCUUCUGUGAACAACUUCCUCUGAACUUUGGACUCUCCUAAGCAGGAGGUGCCCUUGAAGCAAAAAAGCAACCAUUGAAACCAAGUAAAAACCCAGAACAAAAUGUCUGAAAGCCCUGUUUCUUCACAAAAAGUGAACAGAGCAUUCUGUAAGGCUUUGUCAGAAGUGCUGCAGCUUGACAAAGUAGGAAUGAGUGCCAGCUCCAUGGUUGAUACCUGACCAACUGGCUCGACUGUUACUGGCUUUAGGUUGUAGCAACGCCAUUCUCAUAUUAUUUUCUUUACACAACUUAGUAUUCAUGUAAGGUAUUUCCCUAAUGACCAUUCAUCGUGGCUGUGGACACCGUCAUACUGCUGCCUAUAUUGUUGAUCAGUGUUUCUGCCUUUAAUUUUAUUUUUAAAGAUUCAAUCAUAAUUGACCCUUCACCUAGCACAUGCCCUGUGUGACACAUUGAUUUAUUAAAUUUCUUUAUAUCUAGGCAGCUGCACUUGGAAAGGGCAUCUGGGUGUAAUCGGAGGGCCCUGCAUUGUUCUGCAACUUGCUCAUAAUUGGUGCUCAAUCCAAGGCUUUGUCACAAGUUAUUUUAAGCCACCUGAUAGCAGUAGCAUUGCUCACGUACUCUUUCUCCUGUGCCCCUUCACGCACACACACACACACACAUGCACACACACACUACUCCCCUCACUCUUUCCUAGCCAAAGCUUGUAACUACUUGGAAGUAUUUAAAGACUUCCAGAUCCUAGCUUAAGCUAUUCAAAAAAGACACAGAAGACAAGGGGAUACAACUCAUCCUGGUAAGUCAUGAUGAUAAAGUGUCAAAAGGCUCCAAUUAGGUUUAAUGAGGAGCACGUUGAGCAUUUUCCUUUUCAUUAAGAGAAUGUUUUUCCUAUAUCUCAUUUAAUUUACAAGCCAAGGUAGUGCUCUGUAUUUUAAGUUUGUGGGGGCAUGAUGCUUUAUGUGAAGAUUCCCAACAUGUUGAUUAUUAACAUCUUUUUUUGGCUGCUUCCAAAUGUGUUGUGGUUCUCUGAAUUUUUCUUCCAAUAAAUGAAAAUCUAUUUAGGUACAGCACAACUAAAAAUGUAAUGCUGGCAAAAAUUAUGUUAAGAAGUGGCGGUUAGCAUCUUGAUAUCCAAAAAUUCUGAAUGAUAGAUUUUUAAAAUACCCUUAGAAAGAUGAACAUUAUGUGCUGUGCAGUGUUAAACCUCCGAUACUGAAUGAAACGUUUGCUGCUCCUGAUACUAGCACUAGUAGUAAUUUCAUUAUUAGAUGGUGUUGUUUUAAACUGGAAUCAGGCCUUAAGUUUCCUGAUAGAGAACUGUGGGUGCACUAGGCAACUAAUUAUCUUAGCCAUCUUAUGUCACAAGAAAUAGUAAUUCAGUUGUUUUGCUCUAGCCGAAAUCGUUUAAGAGUGAAGUUAUAUUUCUGUGUUUUUCUUCAUAAAGAAAUAAAGAAAAUAGAAGUUUAUUGAAGUCUAUUUGUUCUUUAAAAGACUCUAUGACAGUAGUGUUCCUAAGUCAAUAUUUCCUUAAACUUGAACUCUUCAGUAUUCAGUAUCAUCAAAUGCAUUCAACAUUGAUGUGAGAGAACAGGUUUAGUGUAAUGCUCUUAGAAAUGGCAAUAUUGAUAGUCCACAGCAGUUCUUCUAUAGGUUUCCCAGUAUUAUGUUUUCUUUAUAACUCAUAUCAGCUCAGAUUAUUUUGGGGUGGUUUUUUUCUGCUUUAAGCUGAGAAAGAAUCAAAGCAACUCCUUUUUGUAAUAUAUCAACACAAAAUCUGCUCCAUAUUCUUUUUGACAUUUAGAGGGUAAUUUUUAUGAAUGAAGGAUAGAACUUGAUAAAUCUUUCACUAUUCAAAAUCCUUUGACUCAGUUAAGAAUACCUCAGUUGUGGUUUUGUCUAGCACCACUGAGAGAAACUCAGCACAACUUUUAUUUUGGGGGUGAGGUUGCUAUAGUAAGAAAACAACUCUCCUGGCAAGGACUGGGUCAAGAACAACUUGACAAAUGUUGAUGUGGUGUUCUAAUGUCAAGUUAGCAUUUGAUCAUCCAAGAAAAUAUGACUCAGAGACAUCAAGAAAGCGCCAUGAGCAAAGCAGAUACCCACCUACUAGAUUCUGCGGUACAUCUGAAACAUGAGUCAAUGAAGAGGAUAUUGUGCUUACUUUUUUGCCACCAGCCAAGCAGGUGUGAUUGUAUCACCUCUCCAUGCUCACAGAAUAUAGCCAAAGUAUUCAUUUCCCCUUUUAUCUCUGAGCUUAAUGACAAUGCCAGUCACCUAAGAUGAAGGACGUAUCUAGACCACGGGUAGUCAACCUUUUUAUACCUACCACCCACUAAUGCAUCUUUCUUGAUGGUAAAAUUUCCUUACCAUCCACCAGUGCUCAAUGGAAGGAGGAUUCAGCUUAUGCGGUAGAACCCCCUACCACCCACCUAAAAUCCUGAAACGCCCCCUAGUGGGCAGAAGGGUCUAGACCCCUUUUCUCUCUUCCAGCCAUUACCAAACCUAAGAGGUGAUUGGUACUGUAAAAGCAUGCAGCAUGAUGUGUGGUUCUGGAUUAAUUUCAUUUUGACCUCUUAAAUACAAAGGUUAGCAUAACUAAACACAUUGCCAGGUCCAGGUUUCAAGGAGCCCCUCUAUACAAGAUACUUUCACCAAUCUCCUACUGAGCAAAGUUUCUCUGCACAGAACUUUAACAGAGACACCCGCUAGAUUGCUUUUGCUAUGUGAAAUUUGCGCCUGGGCCCUACAACCAAGGUGAGGCAAAUGAUCUUUUUAUUAGGCCUUGCUUGCACCAUACAAUUUAAGCAGCAUCACAUCAGCUUAAACAUUCGGACAUUCGGCAUCUCCCAAAGAAUCCUGGGAACUACAGUUAGUAAGAGCUGAGAGUUAUUAGGAGGCUUGUAUUUCCCUCCCAGAGCCACAAUUUCCAGCGUUCGCUGGAAACAGGGAUUGAUCGUUUAAGCCACACUGAGAAUUGCAGCUCUGUGAGGGGAAUUGAGGUCUCCAAACGACUCUCAGCACACUUAACAAACUGCAGCUCUCAUAGUUCUUUGCGGGAAGUCAUGACUGCUUAAAGAGGUAUCAUACUGCUUUAAAUGUAUACUGCAGAUAGGGCCUCAAAGACAUUCACCAACCGUUUCAGGAGAAAGUGGAACAACAGUGUGGGAGGCAGCAUGCCUUUGAAUACCAGCUCCUGGGCAUCACAAGUGGGGAGAGUGUAGAUAUGCUCAUGCCCUGCUUGUGAGCUUCUCAUAGGUUGGCUACUGUGAGAACAGGAUGCUGGACUAGUUGGGCCUUUUGCCUGGCCCAGCAAGGCCUUCUUAGGUUCUGAAAGUGCCGGUGCUGCAAAACAACACUUCAGAGUUGGAGAUUUGGCCUGCGUUGCUAGCAAUAGCACAGGUGAUCAGCAUCGGCCAAUAGAUAAGCAUGCAUGCUAUGUAACUCUUUGGAGCAGAUCAGCUACUUUUUUUGAGCUUGUUAGCACUGAUAAUUAGAUAACUGUAAUUAAGAAUGUCAAACAUCUGUUAAAGGUCCUGCCACAGCUUGAGUACAAUGAUGCAGAGACCUCCCAUGACUGCAACAUGUUGAAAAAUCUGGUAAUAACAGCAGUAAUGGAACAGUAGAAAUCAUGGGUGUAGCCAUGAUUUUUGUUAGAGGGAAGCAGGCUUUUGGGGGGGUCAGAACCUCAGAUUUGUAUUGAUUUGGGGGAGCAGGUACCCCCUGCCCCCCUUUGAUAUGCCCAUGGUAGAUAUAGUGGCUGUGGAACCUACUCAAAAGAAGACUAUUAGGAGUGACCAAGCUAUCCAAAGACCGUCCAGACUUAAAGACAUGUUUAUGUCUAGUGCAUUUAUAUAAGUACGCAUUUUAGAAAGCAUGUGUAAGUCUGUGGUAAGCUUUCUAAUGUUAGAAGUGUCACUCAAAUCUAUUAUUGUUCAUUUUAAUCUUAAAAAAAAAAAAAAAAGAGGGAAAGGGGAAAUGUAGUAUAGUUGCUGUUUAUUUAUGAAUAAUUAUUCAUGAAUACUCCUGCAGGACUAGUUUCCAGGAGAGAAACUGGAACUUUUCUGUAAGAGAUAGAAGAAGAAAAAGGAAGCCAGGAAGUAGAGAGCUACCCAGGGGGUUAAGAAGGAGCUGACAAUUUCAGUACUAUUACAACAGGCUACCCUGUGGCUCCUCUCCCUUCACCAUCAGCCAUGCUGGCUGGAGCUGAUGGGAGGUGGAACCGAAUAAAAUUUUGAGGGCCACAGGUUAGCCACUCCUGUGGCACAGGAAUAAGAGGUUAAAAUAGGGUUGCCAUAUUUCAAAAAGUGAAAAUCUGGGCACAAAAGUUGUUGAGCAUUGGGGGGGGGCAAAGUUUUGGGUCUUUUUUUGAAAAAAUUCUCCCCCACCCAUGAAGUUUUUGCCUAUUUUUGGGGGGGGGGACUUGCCAAAAAAAUUCAGCACUGCUGAUAUGGGCUGCCAUUCCUCCCGGAUACUCUUUUCGAUAGAUGAAUCCCAGCUGUGUCCGGGAAAUUCCGGAUGUAUGGCAACUCACUAUUGAAAGAGAUUUCAUUGUUGGACAAACCUCAAAGAGACACAACAGAAGGAAACUGCUCCAUUAUCUUACUCUUUUCUCUGCUUACCUGCUCAGAGAGGACAAUUGAACAGGCAGUGAGACUGGCCCUGGGCUCUAGGGUUAUGCAAAGGAGAGGACAACUCUUCUCUGUUUAUUUUCUCCACACCAUGCAUAAUCCAAUAAACCUCUGCAAUGUGUCUUUCCUCCCCAUUUUUUCCCUAAACUAUAAACCCCUAAAUGUUUUAACCUCUCCUCAUAGGGCAUUUGCUCAAGCUACUUGAUUAUUUGGGCUUUUCCUUUUCUACUUCUUUUCCAAUCCUACAAUAUCCUUUUUGAGCCGAUACACUUUCAAAUGCUCUGCACAGACGUGUGCAUCGCUGUGCUGUAAAAUCCAGCAUGUGGGAAUUCAUUCUGCAGUCUGCCUUCAUAACCAACCGUAUCAUAUCAGAGACACGAUGCCUGCGGGAAAGAAUUCCUUUUAACUUCCGUCGCUGAGCAACACCACAUAGCAAGCUGUGAUAAAAUAGCAUCUGCUCAGGGGGGAAUAAGUGAGAAGACUGAGCUAAAGAAAGGAAAGGAGCUCAGCUAGAAACAUAAGGUGGCAGAGAAUAUAGCUGCCUACUGGAUACGGUAGGCAAAAGAGGAUACUGAUGGGUGGUUUUGAUGUAUAACUGAAAAUUUAGGAGGAAAAAAUGAAAUAGAAAUGUGAUUCAUCUCACCAUGGUGGGAAAGACUCUGACCAGCUGAGCUGUGUGGCUGCUUAAUCUGCCAUCCAAGUGCUGUUGAUGGGCCGAUUCAAGGUCCCUUCACUCUCUUAUUUUUAACCUUUAAACCAGAUUUGGACUGGACAGACUUCAGUCAGAGGGCUUUCUUCCAAUGACUCCUCAAACAGAAGUCUGUCCGCUUUAAAAUAUGACGCACAGCCACCCUAGGGUCCAAAUGUAGCUCUCCAGACCUCUUUGUCAGGCCCAGGCCACACCAAUUACUGGUUUUGUUUCCCCCCUCCACCCGUGUUUUUGCCUGGCUGGACUUUGUCCUCGACCUCUGAUAAUGCCUCUUGCUUGCCUGGAUGGAGGAUAGAAAAGAUAAAAAUUGUAUUUGUUACUACACUCACUUUUGCCUCUGACCCCACCCAGCACUGUAUGGUGGUCCAGAAGAGAACUUAGCCCCCAGGCUGAAAGUUUUCCCACUCCUGUUUUAAAUCGAUAGAGUUAUCCUAUACCAUUACCAUGGCAUAUUUCUCCUAGCAGUUUACUAGGGAUUGAACUGCCAGGUAUACCCUUAUUCCUGAUGAAUAUACAUGGUCAGGAGUACCCCCAAUGUAUCAUUGCAAGAGUCAGUUCAAAUGCUUUAGGAAUACAGUACAACUCUAUCUCCUCUCCCUUCUCCUGGGCUGAGUACAUGUAGUUAGGCAACAUUUCCAUUUCAAAGGCAGAAUCCUUGUUGCCCCCUUAAUAGGCACAGCAUAGUCCCUCAAUAAUGUGGCAGAGCCAUUACUUUAUUCUCAAUGUGGAGAUGAAUCCAAAAAGUUCAGCAGCGCCUUAAUCUCUGAGGCAAUUGCAUGCAAGUAGAGUAAAAGUGAAAUACUUGGAAAGAACAAACUGCAGUUUGAGAAGGCAGGUGCGAACACAUCACAGGCUUUGAUGAAACAGUAAUUGGAGCAGCAAGAGAUGUCAGCUGUGUACCUGGUUCAGAACUGGAGGGGAUUUCUGUAUCAUUAAUAGCUGCACAGAAGGCAACAUUUCUUGGAGUGCAUCUUUUUAAAAAAGGAAGAGCUGAAAGUUAAAUUCAGCUUAAAAUGUCUGUGCAAAAUUGGCAGGAAAAUUUGGGGAGCUUUGCAAAUUAAGCCCCUAUCCUGUAUGAAGUUCACAACAGGUCACUGAGAUUGUUGGCAGUGGGGUAUUGUUGUUGUUAGAUUUUCCUCAAGGGCCGACAUUGUUGCCAAAAUCCAGCAUCGCCUGGCCUCUGCGAGUGCAGCUUUCUCCACAUUGAAGUGCAGUGUGUUUGAGGACUGGGACAUUCGCAGGGAAACAAAAAUGCUUGUUUACAAAGCUAUUGUACUACCAACCUUAUUGUAUUCUUGUGAAACGUGGACCAUUUGUAAGCACCAUCUCCAACUCCUCGAAAGAUUCCAUCAACAGUAUCUUCGACAUUUUUUACACAUCACUUGGGAAUACAGGCAAACUAAAGCCAGUGUCCUGGAAAGAUCACCAGUGUUGAAGCAAUGAUUCUUCAACAUCAGCUUCAUUGGACUGGUCAUGUUGUGCAGAUGCCUGAUUAUGGUCUUCCAAAGCGACUACUCUAUUCCGAACUUAAGAAUGGAAAGCAUAAUGCUGGUGGUCAACAAAAGAGGCUUAAAGACUCUCUCAAGGCAAAUCUUUAAAAAUGUAGUAUGAACACCAACAAUUGGGGAACACUGGCCUGUGAGCACUUCAAUUGGAGAACAGCCUUUACCAAAGGUGUCAUGGGCUUUGAAGAUGCUCAAACUCAGGACGAAAGGGAUAAAUGCACUAAGAGGAAGGCACGCUUGGCAAACCCUCACCAUUAUCAACUCCCACCCAGAAACCUAUGCCCCCACUGUGGAAGGACAUAUGGAUCCAGAAUUGGCCUCCACAGUCACUUACAGACUCAUUGUUAAAACCAUGUUUAUGGAAAACAAUCUUACUUGGCUACGAGUGAUCGCCAAAGAAGAAGAUUGUUGUUGUUAGAUUUUACCACAGAAAGGUAAAAUUCAGAUUGGGGGGGUGGGGGAUAUGGUCUGGUCUUUUGAUGCCAGAAGGAGAUUUGAUGCAAGAGGAGCACUGAAUAAACACCCAUCUGGAAGUCCCCAAAGUCUCAGGAAGGCAUAUCAGUUUCACAGUAGAGGUAGCAACCUCUGCUUGCCUUUCUUUUCUGCCGCUGCCACCAGAGGUGGUGGAGCAACUCUGAGUGGUCACCCUCUAGGAGCCCACCAUUGCUUCCCCCAGAAUGCUCUAGAAUGAUGCCACAUCAUGACGUAGCUUCCUUCUAGGGGGCAUUCUGAAGGGCUGCCGGAACGGUGACCACUACUAAAGAGAGAGGUAUGAGAGAGCAAACUAGGUUACUAACAUGUUCUCAUUCUGGCUCAUUUGUAUUUUGGUUUAAAGGUGUCAUUGCAAACCAGUUGAAAGUUUCAAGGAUGCCAAACUGGGGAGGUGGAGCCAAAUGUGGUGCGUGUGACAAGACUGUCUACCAUGCUGAAGAAAUCCAGUGUAAUGGCCGUAGUUUUCAUAAGACGUGCUUCCAUUGCAGUAAGUGGAUCUAUGCUAUUUUAUUUCACCAGUGAAUCCACAAUGUACUACAGUAAGGUUACCAGAUUUUUUUCAAUGAAUCCAGGAACACUUUUCAGCUUCAAUGGAUUUUGUAUGGAGACUGAUUUGUAAAUCCGGGGACUGUCCCUGGGAAACGGGGACGUCUGGUAACCUUAUACUACAGUUGAUUGUGGCACUAACCCUACUCGUCUAAACUGAAAGGAAUAUGUGGAGAAUGGAGGUUUAUGGUGGAAUAGUUAUUAUCUGAAGGGUAGAUGGGGUUGUCAACCUGGGAAGGUAGCCCAUCUAGGAGAAGGAAAACUCUAAUCCUAACCCUCUGUUGCACAAAUUCAGAGUGGAGCCCCAAAGACGGUUGGAUGGCACCUUGCAUGCUUCCUUCCAGCAACACCUGCAGCCAAGCUGGUGCCCAACAUAUUGCUCUGCUUUCCUUGGGACCAUAUCAGCUAGGUCAAGAGUGGGGUCCUGUUGCCUGGGCAGCCCAGAACCUCCAUACACACUGCCCAGGCUUGUGCCCUGGGGAGGUCACGCUGGUGCUGCUAACACAGUGGUUUGACUGGAGGCACACAUCACUGUCUCUUGGGAUAGACGGAUGCCAACAAGUUAUUAUCUUCAGUGAAGAAUAGGGAAGAAAUUACACUCAGUUUAACUCAGCAACAACACCUUUAUUAUUUAUAUGGGUGGCGCUGUGGGUUAAACCGCAGAGCCUAGGACUUGCUGAUCAGAAGGUCGGUGGUUCAAAUCCCCGCAGUGGGGUGAGCUCCCAUUGCUCAGUCCCUGCUCCUGCCAACCUAGCAGUUCGAAAGCACAUCAAAGUGCAAGUAGAUAAAUAGGUACCGCUCCGGCGGGAAGGUAAACAGUGUUUCCGUGUGCUGCUCUGUUUCGCCAGAAGCAGCUUAGUCAUGCUGGCCACAUGACCCGGAAGCUGUACGCCGGCUCCCUCGGCCAAUAAAGCAAGAUGAGCGCUGCAACCCCAGAGUCGGUCACGACUGGACCUAAUGGUCAGGGGUUCCUUUACCCUUUACCUUAUACAUCUGACAGGGCUGCUCCAGCUACUCUGGCUGACUCCCAACAAAAUAUUAAAAAACAAUAAAAGCAGAUGUUUCAAAUCAAACAAUCAUCAGAUAAAGUUAAGGGGGAGAGGACAAGGUUAAAAAAAGGAAUUGCUUAGCAAGGCAUGGACAGAGAAGGAUUGAUGGCUGGCAGCCAGCAGCUUGUUUUCCUUACUGAUUGUCCCUGAUUGGUAAGACAUUCUCCUCUAAUGUUCAACCCUCAUUUACUUUCCCGUAAUUUAAACUGAGAUCCAUUGAAGAUAGGAUAAAGAGUGAUGGUUUUAAAGUACAGGAAAGCUGAGCUGUGGUUAAACUUUAGAAAGGACUUCCUGCCUCUACAACCCUGAUCAGUAAUUAUUUUUCUUGCCGGCUCUCUGAAUGACAGACUGACAGUGAACGGUGCAGGGCAGGUCUACCCACACUUUAAGUGGGCUAUUCACAAUUCAGUUUCUCUGUUCAUAGUUUCUGCCUCUGAUAGGGAGGCAGGCAGCACUCUGCCUCAGCAGGUGAUGGCAUUUCUCUUCCUGAAAGUAUAAAAAAGGGGGGGGAAAGCCCAAAGAUGUCCUCUACCAAGAGUAAACCACAUAAACUGAUAUCAAAAUCCUGUUUUAUUGGAAUGAACAGGAGCAUUUGUGAAGCACAUGCUACUAUCAUUAAAGGCUUUCUAUCAGGUUGAAGAUGUCAAUACACCUUUUAUGUUACUGGAUACAAAUUUUAUGUUAUAAAGUGCACCAGUUCUGUCCAUCUUGAGCUUCAUGCCCUGUUGGCAUAGCCAGCAGGUGACUAUUGCCAGAAAUUGCAGAUACCCUUUGUCUGAAGACUUUGAUGUAAAUCUAGGUUUAUUGCUGUCAGUUGUGGGCUGCAGUCCCAUACAUGCUUAAUUGGAAAUUAGUUCCAUUGAAGUGAGCAGGAUUUAUUUCUGAGUGAACAUGCCUUUACUUGCAUUGUGAAUGUGUAAUAUCUUCUAGCUGUGCUGCUGUUGAUAUGGUUUAGAUUAUACAUUCUUUUGCAUUGCUUUUUGAAACUUCGUUAGUUUUAUAUACAGAGGAACCUCGGUUUUUGAGCGUCUCGGAAGCCGAACAAUUCGGAACCCGAAAGCCAAAAACCCGGAAGUAAUUGCUUCCAUUAUUGAACACGCCUUGGAAGUCAAAUGGCUUCCGUGGCAUGUUUUUCCAUUUUCCCCAUUGAACUUGCCCAUUGCUUUUCGAUUUUCUCGGUCUUCUGGAAUGGAUUACAUUUGAAAACCAAGAUCCCACUGUAUAAGUAUAUAGUAUAUGAUCUUAUGCUCAUGCUGUACAAUAUGCUGGCUACAUUAUUCAAAUACGGGGGCAUAAUUAAUAAAUUAAUAUAUUGAUUAUGAUAGCAAUAAUAAUAACUUAAAGCAAAGCAGCAAGAAUCUCGAUUCCCCUGGUAAAACACUAAAACCACACCAGUCCAUAAAAAUAACAAAAUCAGCUACAGCAAAGAUUCAGUCAGAGAUUAAAUAAAAAAAUCAUCGAAAACUAGAGAGGUAAAAGCAGCUCAUAAUGUGCCUCAAAUGCACAAUAUCACCAUCCUCUUCCUAUUUCUAUAGUAUAAUGCAGGCAGAAAAGUCCCCUUCCUCCAUUUUUAAAAAAAUUAAAUGCCCACUUAUUAUCUGCAGCCCUGUGACUGACUUGAAAGAUACACUUCCAUGUGUGGCUUGCUAUUUACUUACUUCCCAGCUGACUUUUACUUAAAGCACAUCUGUGGUGGACAUGUGGCAUGAUCACAAUUUGUAAGCCUAAAACUAAUUCAUGGCGGCUGUGCUGCCUCUGCCAGCAGAUUGACGAAUAUCUCGGAGCUGUUUCAACAAUAGCACUUCAAGGGCUUUGACUCCAUCUGUUGCAGCAAACAGAUACUCUGUCCCAGAGGGGCCAGAAAUAGAAGCACUUUAUCUGCAUCACUCCCCUUACACACACAGACACACAAAAUCAUUUUUUCACAGAGAAUAAUGCAGAAAAGGGACAGAUCAGCUUCACAUAGUGCCAGAAAUGUCUUGCUUUACUGGUCUUAAUUUUAGGACAACAAUAUAAUCCCCAGAGCUGAGGGUGAUGAAAUAAUCGUUGAGACGGCUAGAACGCUGGUGGCAGAAAACUCACUCUGAAUUGGACCGGACACAGGUUAGAGCUCAAUGUUGAGCCUACCAAGUGGCAAUGGCAACAGCGAAGAAGACCUUCUUCAUUGCCUCUAUUGCAUCUGCAGAAAACAGCAGCAGGAGACUCUUUCAGGUGGUUCGCAAUCUAUCGGAACCACCUUCAUCACCGGGGCCUAGUAGGGACCCCAAGAUCUCCUGCAAUGCUUUUGCAAAGUUUUUUUUGCACAUAAAGUUGCUCAGAUUCGGAAAGAGGUAGAAUUCACCAUGGGAGCAGGGCCGGGGCGAGAGAGUGCUAGAGUCCUGUUACAUGGGAUCAGUUCCAAUCUGUUACCUCCAAGGAUGUGGACAGGCUGCUUGGACGAGUGAAAGCGACCACCUGUCUCCUUGAUCCUUGCCCAUCCUGGCUAAUAAAAGUGAGCCGGGAAGGGCUGGGAGAUGGGCUCUGCGGGGUGGUGAAUGCUUCCCUCUGCGAGGGAACCUUCCCAGAUCCGCUGAAAGAGGCGGUCAUUAAACCGCUUCUUAAAAAACCAUCUUUAGACACGGCCAGUAUGGCCAACUAUCACCCAGUCUCAAAUCUUCCAUUCUUGGGCAAGGUGAUUGAGCGCGUGGUUGCUGAACAACUCCAGACACGCCUGGAGGAUGUGGACCAUUUGGAUCCCUUCCAAUUGGGAUUCAGGCCUCACCAUGGGACUGAAACUGCCUUGGUCGCACUGGUUGAUGAUCUCCGACGAGCCAGGGACAAAGGUGAGAGUUGUUUCCUAGUUCUGCUGGAUCUCUCAGCGGCCUUUGAUACAAUUGACCAUAACAUCCUUCUGGACCGUCAAGAGGGGCUGGGAGCUGGGGGCACUGUUAUACAGCGGUUCCGCUCCUUUCUCCUGGGCUGUGUCCAGAAAGUGGGGUUGGGGGAUGAGUGUUCAGACUCCUGGGCUCUCACUUGCGGGGUGCCUCAGGGUUCUGUCCUCUCCCCCAUGCUUUUUAAUAUCUAUAUGAAGCUGCUGGGAGAGAUCAUCAGGGGGUUUGGGCUGGGUGUUCAUCAGUAUGAAGAUGACACCCAGCUCUACCUCUCUUUUAAAUCAGAACCAGUGAAGGUGGUGAAUGUCCUGUGUGAGUGCCUGGAGGCGGUUGGAGGAUGGAUGGUGGCUAACAGAUUGAGGCUGAAUCCUGACAAGACAGAAGUACUGUUUUGGGGGGACAGGGUGGGUGGGACUCCCUGGUCCUGAAUGGGGUAACUGUGCCCCUGAAGGACCAGGUACGCAGCCUGGGAGUCAUUCUGGACUCACAGUUGUCCAUGGAGACACAGGUUAAUUCUGUGUCCAGGGCAGCUGUCUACCAGCUCCAUCUGGUACGCAGGUUGAGACCCUACCUGUCCGUGGACUGUCUUGCCAGAGUGGUGCAUGCUCUAGUUAUCUCCCGCUUGGACUACUGCAAUGCGCUCUACGUGGGGCUACCUUUGAAGGUGACCCGGAAACUGCAAUUAAUCCAGAAUGAAGCAGCUAGACUGGUGACUGGGAGUGGCCACUGGGACCACAUAACACCAGUCCUGAAAGAUCUGCAUUGGCUCCCAGUAUGUUUCCGAGCACAAUUCAAAGUGUUGGUGCUGACCUUUAAAGCCCUAAAUGGCCUCAGUCCUGUUAUCUGAAGGAGCGUCUCCACCCCCAUCAUUCAGCCCGGACACUGAGAUCCAGCACUGAGGGCCUUCUGGCAGUUCCCUCAUUGUGAGAAAUGAUGUUACAAGGAACCAGACAGAGGGCCUUCUUGGUAGUGGCGCCCGUCCUGUGGAACACCCUCCCGUCAGAUGUCGAGGAAAUAAGCACCUAUUCUAUUUUUAAAAGACAUCUGAAAGCAGCCCUGUUUAGGGAAGUUUUUAAUAUUUAAUGCUGUAUUGUUUUUAACACUCGAUUGGGAGCCGCCCAGAGUGGCUGGGGAAACUCAGCCAGAUGGGCGGGGUAUACCGGUAAAUAAUAAAUUAUUAUUAUUAUUAUUAUUAUUAUUAUCAUCAUCAUCAUCAUCAUCAUCAAAGAGUAAAUACCAUUGAACUCUGCAGGAAUUUUGGUUUCUCUCUUUCCCCUACUCUCCUAUUUCUUCACUAUUUAGGACUGGAUCCAAAAUCCAGUGAUAGAAAAUUAAAUAUCUCCAGUGGCAUUUCUUCCCUUUUAUACCACUCAUUAUAUCAGGAUGUUUUAUGUCUGAAGAGAAUAUGGCAUUUUCCACAACUGAAGCAAAGUAUGAAUAAGAAUUGGAGCAGGUUACAAUUCUGGUGAUGGCUUUACUAAGUUCUGUUAAUAUGUGCAGAGGUAAUAAUCACUUUUAGAAUCAGACAGCAAUUACUUCCCAAAGUGGUGCUUAGAUGUAAUACACAUUUAUGAGACACAAGCAAGGCUUAAUAAGACCAGACCUUAAAAAAUAUAUGCAGCAUUUAUGAAUAUCCAAAGCACUUCACAUAGAUCUUCUUAGUAAUCUUUACAACAGCCCUGUAAAGUAGGCCAGUCCUGUUACUCCUGUUGUGGAGAGGGCAGGACUGUAUGUGGCUUGCCCGAAGCAACUUAAAGAGUUUGUGGCUGAGGAGAGAUUUGAAACAAAGACCUCUACCAUUUAGUAUUUGCUCUCCUAACUUUUCCGGGCCAUUUACCUGUAAUUUUACUAACAUCCCAGAUGUGAAUAGCAUAUUUUGCCACUGAUUUUUAAGUAGCUUUUAGUAGACCUUUAGGCUCCAGGAACCCUCUCCUGUCCAACUCCCCCAAACCUGUAGCAAACUGUAGGUGCAUAUGUUUCAGUGCAUUUGCUUCCUUUCCAGUGGCCUGCCGAAAAGCUCUGGACAGUACGACAGUAGCAGCCCACGAAUCUGAAAUCUACUGCAAAACUUGUUACGGGAGAAAAUAUGGCCCAAAAGGGAUUGGCUUUGGACAAGGUGCAGGCUGCCUCAGCACAGACACUGGAGAGCAUCUUGGGCUGGAUCUACAGCAGUGAGUGGAAUCCUUGGUUUUUAAAAAAAUAAUAAUUAUGGCCUCUGUUGCAUCAAGUCACUUCAUUAGUUUCCAUAACAACACGCAGGGGAAGCUGUAGCGCAGACUUUUCUUCAAUAGAUCUAAUAAUUUUUAUCCAUUUUAAUGAUGUUCUGUCCCUGCAGAAUAUUACUUGAAAAAUAUUUCCUAUGCCAGUGGGCAAUUACACUACAGAAAGAGCCCUUGCUUUACAUAUUGUCACAGUCUUUACUAUUCACCGCAACUGUGACUCAUUAAGUGCAGUACAAUCAAAGGGAUCGGUUCUCAGUACAAUGAUGAAAUUAUUUUCCUGUGUUGUACUGAGAUGUUAUUAAUACUUAAAUAGCCACAAUGUAAUCUGUAUUGUCUAAGGAAGGCGGGCAGAAAAAUGACUGUGGGUAUUUUAUAUUGGGGGGCGGGGGCUGUUUCAUUUGGAGAAUUCUAUGUUCAUAAAGACAUGGAAUGAAAGGUUACAAUUGCAACACAGUAAGAAUAAGAAAAGGAGCAUUACAAGAUGUGUGGUGGCAUGAAUAUGUUAAUUCCAUAAAGAUUUUCAUCACUUGUAGAAUCAGAUUAUUAUUAUUUCCCAAAGCUGUAACCUUAAGGAAACUUAUUUGAAAAUUGAUAGGACUUACUUCCAAGUACAGUGGUACCUCGGUUUUUUAAUGUCUUGGUUGAAGAACAUUUUGGUUUUCGAAUGCCGUAAACCUGGAAGUACUGGUAAAUGCUUUGGUUUUCGAACAUGCCUCAGAAGUCGAACAUGCCAUGCAGCUUCCGCUGAGUGCAAGAUCCUGAGGCCUAGCUAUCGGCUUUUGAGUUUUCAGUUUUCUAAUGUUUCAGAACUCGAACGGUCUUUGGGAAUGGAUUACGUUUGAAAACCGAGGUACCACUGCACAUUACAUCUCAUGGAGGAGAGGGUUAUUGAAGGGUAGUAGGAAUGGCGGCGGGACGCGGGUAGCGCUGUGGGUUAAACCACAGAGCCUAGGACUUGCCGAUCAGAAGGUCGCAGUUUGAAUCCCCGCGACGGGGUGAGCUCCCGUUGCUCGGUCCCUGCUCCUGCCAACCUAGCAGUUCGAAAGCACGUCAAAGUGCAAGUAGAUAAAUAGGUACCACUCCAGCGGGAAGGUAAACGGCGUUUUCGUGCGCUGCUCUGGUUCGCCAGAAGCGGCUUAGUCAUGCUGGCCACAUGACCCGGAAGCUGUACGCCGGCUCCCUCGGCCAAUAAAGCGAGAUGACCAACGCAACCCCCGAGUCGGUCACAACCGGACCUAAUGGUCAAGGGUCCCUUUACCUUAGGCAUGACGGCUACUUUCUGCCUCCACAGAAUGCCCCCUCUUUUUGUAUAAAGUAUUUGUAUUCUUCAACCAAAAGUGAUUAGUGUUUUGUUACGGAUGCAACGACACGUCUUCUGCUUGUAGUGCUUAAUUUAGCUGCUCCAAGAUAAAAAGCUUAAUGUGCACUGAACAUUCUUGUCAUCAGCUCACCAAAGCCAGCUCGUCCUUCCACUCCUACCAACCCUUCAAAGUUUGCCAAAAAAUUUGGCGAUGUUGAUAAAUGCCCUCGUUGUGGGAAGUCAGUGUAUGCUGCAGAGAAGAUAAUGGGAGGAGGAAAGGUAAGAAACAUUUAAUUCAAACGUUCAACUUCCCUGUUGGAAUAGGUAAACCCAUAGACCAGAUUAAAAGAAAACAAAAUAAGCUGCAUUUAAAUUCCACAUAGAAAUAAAAUGUUUUAAGACUUCACAUAAAAUCAUAUACAACAUAAUUUUACUAAUUUUACUGCAACAGCUUUGCUUUUAUUAAGGCAACUAAAAAAUAUUAUUUCACAAAUGUAAAAACCAUUCUAAGCUGAAGCCAUUGAAGGUGGGAGGUACAAGAUAAAAAUAGACUAAAACACUGCUCUAAAAACAUCAAACUCUAUAGCCAUCUUCACAAAUUCUUUUUUAAAAACACAGUUAAUAUUCCACAAAUGACUGGGUCAAACCCCAGGGAAAAACUUAUUAAACAAAAAUGUCUUCAGUAAACAUGCAAACAUCAUGACACGAAUGUUCUUGUCUAAUUUCAGCUGGUAAUUGAGUUUAUAUCCUUAAAACUCAAGAUUUCUACCAUAGUUGCCUGAAAUGGAUUCUAAAUGUAUUUUCCUGAGACUGGAGGGCUUGAUUGCAAAAGAGGCUAACUUCCCAGUCAAAUACCGAUUAGCUUCUUGUAAUAGAAAGCUUAAUGUUUAUUCCUCUCCCCAAUAUUUCUGCUGCGCCACGGAAGGACACCAGUGCAAUGGGGCCUUCCAGUCUCCCCACACCUGCCACAUGCCUCCUAUUUGCUAUGGGAGAACCCCCAGAAUGGUGAGUGGGGGGAGGAGAGGUGAGAUCAUUCUGUCAGGCAAGCAGAACUGCCUGUACUAACAGCAUGUUUGUAAAAGCGUGAUGUCGAAUUCCUUCUAUGUUCUUUAUAGUGUUCUCCAAUAGCAGGAAAUGGAAAUUGGUACUUGGUGUGAAUUUCUAUUUACAGAUGGAACUGGAGGACAUUCUCUGGGUCAAAUGAUGUCUCCCUCUAAUCAUGAUAGGCAGGCCCUUCCAAGUCUUUUGCCUCCUCUUCCAGGAAGAGGAAUUGUCUUGCCCUCCAGUCCAAACUGUCAAAGGAGGAACAACUCAUGUGUUGAGAUUCCAGCAUUGCAGGGCGUUGGACAAGAUGUCUCUUGGGAUCCUUACAACGCCCCAGUCCUAUUAUUCCUCAGCCCCCACAAAACAAAAAUGCACAGGAACCAUAUAAAACAUGGAAACUUAGAAAGUAGAUCAACAAUUGGAAGGAAGAAACCAAACACAAGCACUAAACAUGAUAUGUAUGAGGCAGGCAGAAGCCCUAAAACCCAGCCCACACCAGAGGUGGUCUCAAGAAGAAGGAGAGGUGGGCAGAAUGUCCUCCAACUCUUAUCUGUAAAUAGAAAUUCGCUUUCCAUUUUUACCAGAUGGGGUUGGAGGCCAUUCUUUGAGUAGAAUAUAAUAAAGCCGUGUCCAUAUAAACCCAGGAAGACUUUGUCUGACAAACAGCUAGGCUACCCUCUGGAGAACCUUCCUUCCAAAGGAUAGAUCAUCUGAGGAAGAUGAGUCAAUCUUGGAAUGUGUGUUGGGAUUGCCAAGUGGCUGCUUGACAAAUGUACAAGAGAGGAAAGCAACCCAGUAGAGCACUGAGGUAACAGUCCCUUUCAGAGAAUGGGUCAUCAUUUCUUUGGGUGUCCACCAACUCCAUCUUGUAAAUAAAGCUAACAUCCAGUAAUAUAGCAUAGCAAUUCACUAUAUUCUUGAAAUCCUUUCCAAGAUGGCGUUCCCACCUUUUUCUUUUGCUGUGCCUAGAGCAGGGCAGGAAGCCUUCCUCAAGUGGCAAAGGCAGGGAGUAGAUCAGGAGUUAGGGGGUGGUCCUGCCUCUGAUGUCUUCCUCAGACGUUUAACUUCCUGCCAGUGGUGAGAUAGGCAGAGACAACCCAUAUCAAGGAUCACAUUUCCUUUCUACAGGAGAAUAAUAGGUUCCAUCGCUUCCAGUCAGUCUGGUAAUAGAUUUCCACCUGAGCUGUUGAAAAUGUGAAAUCUGGGGAGAGGUGUGUGGGUGUCUGUGUAAAGGGAGUUAAUCUCUUUAUUUACCAAUGCAAAAAUCUUGGAAAGGAAAACCUGCAAUGUCUAUGAUUUCCUUAAUACUCUUUUGCUUUCCGUUUCAGCCGUGGCACAAGACAUGCUUCCGAUGUGCUUUCUGUGGGAAGAGUCUAGAGUCUACAAAUGUCACAGAUAAAGAUGGAGAGAUUUACUGUAAAGGCAAGUGUAGUUGUCGUGCCUCAAACCUAAUUCAGACAAAUUAACGUGCCUCCCUUGAAGACUUGUGGAGUUACCAAAAAAGCUUGUUUUCAGAGUGAAACUCCGCUGCCACUUGGUUUUCUUAAAGGUCCUUAAAGAAAGAGGCUGCCUCUACUGCUCACAUUUUGGCUGCAAUAGCACUGGGUUCCUACCAGAAACUGGAAAUAUUAUUAAACGAAAGGGGAGGGGGUCAGGAUGGGAAUGCUAGCUUUAUGAAUUCUAGGUGCAAAUUUUCACAGGAUCAAAUUGUCUUCUCGGGGCUGGGCUAAACUAAACAUGUGAGAAAACAAAUCGAGCUCCUCCCUCAAGUAUGAGAUACCCCCAUGUCUUGACACCACCCUAUUCUGAAUCUUCCCACCCCAACCUGCCAGUGAUGCUGAGGCAAGGAAAUGCAGGAUACCCUCUUCCCCUGGUGUUUUUCCUCUCCUUCUCACCCAUGUGAAACUAGGCAAAGGGCCAUUGAUCUGUUAGUACAAUGGGGUUUUGCCUCCACCCCAAUUGGAUCUUCAGGCUCAGAACCCCCAGAACAGCACACAGGCAGAGGGGAGGGGGAUCAUUCCAUCUGGCAAGUGGAAAACUUGCAGUUUUUGUAGUGCUAUACUGAAUUCCUCCCAAUCUCAUUUAAAUUACACAUACUUUGGCUUAGUUACAAUAUGUUAUUGGUUGUUCCAAAGGCUUCUUUUGGAGAAGCUGAGUUUCAGGGACAGCAUUGAAGGAAGUAUGGGAUAUGUGUUUUGUUGAGUGCCACAUGAAAACAGCUCAAACUUUAUGCCUUUCUUUCUUUUCCAGUUUGCUAUGCAAAGAAUUUUGGUCCUAAAGGAAUUGGAUUUGGUGGCCUCACUCAAGUUGAACAGGCUUAG